AAGCCUUCUGAGGAGCUAUUCGAAAGUCAGCUCUCACCUCAUCCAUGCUCGGAGAAAUCCACCCCCUGUCAGCCCUGCCACGCUGCCCCCAGCGAUGCCAACAAACCCUGCUUUAGCUGUACGUCGCACGUACAUCGGGAACAUACACAAUAGCCAUCCUCGAACUCUUUUCCUACACAAGGACGGGAUAAUUUGAGAUUAAGUGGACAUGGGGUUUUUUGCUUCUUGCAUUGUGUCAUUACAGUACUUGCUUUUUCUUGUGCGACAUGCAAUCAAACCAAGGGUGGCUUCGGACGGAUCCAUCAGUUAACUCAGUCCAGCUUUUAGGUUCUUGGGAUAACUUUUCAAAGUGUUACAAGAUGGAACGCGACAUACGACGCGACCUUGGCCAGUGGCGCGGUUGCCAUACGUUCCAAGACAUAAUUACCACAGGAGGAAAACAGAAGCGUAGUGGGGGCCUUACAAUGGGCGAGACAUACUAUUAUUACUACGAGGUCGAUGGUUCUCAUGAGAUACAUGAUCCAUCCAUGCCCUCCACCAAUGUUUGCCCUUACCUACCAGGCCAAACUGUCAAUACCUUGGACGUCCCUAUCGAAUGCGCACUCAAGAGAUUGAGGAGUGCAUCAAUGAACUCGAUUCGUCCUGCUGACUUCAGGACCAUGGACCCUGGAGCCAAGUUCACCACUCCAAGACCAGCUCCACCGGCACCUCACACACUCGGUCCAAGACUUGGCACUUCAGCUGGAAUCCGUCUCAACCAUAAGGCUUCAAGCCGCUCUUUGUCACCCGCACCCACACCAGGCUGGACGGGUAAGGCACGACGCCUUUUUGGCCUACGACCCUCCAGCCGGUCCAGUGAUCGAGUACAGACACCCGAUAGCUUUGCUUCAGAAGAUGCCGUUUCGUCGGUGAAGGAUGAGCCUAGGCUUGAUGGAACACGAAGUAUGACUCCAUCGGAAGGCUACCGCUCUCGCGAUCUAUCGCCUGAGCGGCUCCGUAAGCUCCUUUCGGAGGAUGUCCCAGUUACACAACCUUUUCCGGCUCAAACACAACAACUUACUAUUCCGGAUGAUAUUGUGGAAGAGAACGAAGACGACGAGAACUUUGCUACAUCUGCCAUUUCCGAUAACUUACCAUUCACGACGCUGUCGCCGCCGCCUUUCCAACGAAGCUGGUCAUCGUCAUCGGCCACGGAUCACAAGAGCAGGUCUACCACCACAAUCGUCCCAGAAUCAUCUAGUAUUCUACAAACGUUCUACAAUGAAGAUGAAGCUUUGGACAAUAUCAAGCGAGGCUCGAUUACCAGUUUCAUGAACCCUACAUCCAGGAUACAAUAUCCUUAUUCGACCGCAUCUUCUACUGUCACCUCGCCAAUAACGUCUCCACAGUCUCUUGACUUCCCCAGUAACAAUACCAACUUCUCGUUCUUCGACGAACUGACAGAAGAUGACGACAGGGCGUCAACGGUCCUCGACGAGGCUCCAGAUGUCCAGUAUAGUCAACAGCCCUUCAACAAUUACAGCUUACCAGCCCCUUUGGAAUUGAGCAACCGAAAGCAAAUACCUUCCCGGAUAACCAACUCGUUCGGCUCACCAGAACUGAUUGUUCGCAACGAAGUUGGGGACCCUUUCGGCAACACUUCACUCUUAACACUUAAGGGUAUCGAUGCCGGAUUAGACGACUUGGUCAGCGAGCUUGGUUGGAUUGCCAAUGCGAUUUGAGCCUGUCAAUGUGUACUACUUCAAUUUCAAUUUCUCGAUAUUGAACAUUUACGAAU